CACAGAAAUGAGAUAACGGAAACCACGGAACAAGGAAGCGCGGACUGCAACUAAUCCAUCAGCUUUUGACACAAAAUGGCUUCAACCAAAAUAGUGAUUCUUGAGGCACUUCAAGGGCUACUGGAAGGCGAUUUCAAAGAUUUCAAAUGGCGCCUGUCGAACAGUGACGCGCCUAUUCCUCAAGGAAAACUUGAGAGCAAGGAUCGCCACGAUGUGGUGGAUCUCAUGAUGCAGCGCUACGACACAGAUGCCGGGAAGAUUGCAGUCCGAACGCUAUGCGCCAUAAAGCAAAAUGAGCUUGCUAAACGACUGCAGGGAAACCUUCAGAAAGUUCCAGAGGAUGUUCCUGCUGGAGCGGGAGCUUCGUCCAGUGAGACACCGGUACCGGCUCAGCCUGCAGGAGCUACAGUGAACAUAUCAUCCAACAAUGGAGGAACCGUAAAGGCCCCUGUUGUUCAUGGUUGUAAUUUUACAGGCCCAGUAACCUUCAACUAAUGCUCAAGUAUCUAUCUAUCUAUCUAUCUAUCUAUCUAUCUAUCUAUCUAUCUAUCUAUCUAUCUAUCUAUCUAUCUAUCUAUCUAUCUAUCUAUCUAUCUAUCUAUCUAUCUAUCUAUCUAUCCCAGGGAUUUUAAAGGGGUCAUGAAUUGAGAAAUCAAGUUUUCCUCGAUCUUUUAAUAAGCACAUGAACAUGUAGUGAGUGAGACACAAACACAGGAUGACUCCAGCAACAGAACCAGAGACGCCUCUGAGAAGAACAAGACGUUUUGAAGUGCCACAGUCUUUGCAUUGCCUCACUUGUGAUCCUAACAUGAAGAAAGAGUGGAUUAACUUUAUUUUUAUGAUCAUGUCAGUAAGAGUGUAUGUGUUCACUUUAGACGUUACAUUUUACAUGAAGAUUUGUUAUUCAACUGAUUGGUACUGAAGACCUAAACCGCAACGUAAAAAAACAAAACAAAAAAUAAUUAUACAUUUUUUUUCUAAAAUUAUGAGAAUAAAGUUGACAUAUUUCAGAUUAAAGUCUGUGAAUAAAGUGCUACGACUUUAUUCUCGUAAUUUUGGAAAACAAUUUUUACGGUUUUUUUUUUGUUUUGUUUAUUUUUACGUUGCGGUUCAGGGCUUCCGUAGAGUCGUUAUUGAUGUCGCAGUGAAGUAACUGUUUAUUUUACCAUGUCUCACUAUUGCUUUGUCUGUUUUUAGAUCGAUUGAUAUUGUACUCACUUUACUGAAAAUGAUGAAGGAUGAAUAUAAGGAUGAAAACAUUGUUUGUCACAUA